GUUUGUUGUUCAGUCAGUCUGCAGUUGCAUGAAAUUCAGGUGUUGUGUGUAAACGAAGUUUUUAAGCAGAAUGUUUCGAGCGGGUUCGCGCUGUCCGGGCUGCGGCUCCUCCAACAUUGUGGACGAUGAUCUGUACUCUCAGGCCCAGCUGGUGUGCACCGACUGCGGCUUCGUGGUGUCGGAGGGGGCGCUGGCCGACGAUCCGUACGGAGGUUCUGAUGUCAGUUACAGCCGAACCGCCGCUGUGACAAAACGACCGUGUAUGAACCUGCUUAAAGGUCUGGAGCGUGUGAAAGAAAUUUCUCGGAUUCUGAGGCUGCGCGGUGAAAUAGAGGAUCUGGCGCUUACUUAUUUCAAGCAGGCCUUCGAGCACGAGAGUUUCAUCAGAGUGAGCCUCCAGAAGAAAGAAGUUCUUGCCGGUUGCUGCGUGUUUGUAUGCUGCAGACAGCUGAACUGGCCGAUUACUAUGGGAACCGUCAGCUGCCUCCUGAAUGCUGACCAGACUUUGGUGGGAGGGGUUUAUCAAGAGAUGCUCAAAAUCCUCAACAUUGAGGCGCCCACCUUCAACAUCACUGAUGUCAUAGAAAGUCAUUGUCAGGAUUACAAAAUAAGCUCCUCUGACGUUCCAGAAGAAUUUGCUGAGGACUCUAAGGCUUUGACGAAACGAUCCUUGGCGCUGGUGGAGCUGGCAGGAGAUUCCUGGAUUGUUACUGGUCGGAAACCCUUGCCGAUCAUGAUGGCAACAGUAUAUUUGGGCUGGCAGUCCUUAAAACCCAACAAGCUUCGUCUGAGUUUCUCCCUGGACAAAUUCUGUCAGUUAGCCAAAGUGCAAAAGCACAAAUCUGCUAUGACUAGAAUAUCAGAGUUGAAGGAGGCGCUGUGUAAGCUGGGAAAGGAAAUCCCCUGGGUUGGGGAAACUGUGAAGCCAGGUAAUGUGGUUCAGCAUGUGGGUGAUAUUCUGGAGCACAGGUACGUCCUGCUCAGGAAGGCUCUGAGGACCUACGAGGAUGCGAUGCAGGCUGAGUGUCAGAGCAGCUCUUCACACCCUCCAACAGGAGAAAUGGUUUCCUCUCAAAUCUCUGAGUGCGGAGGUCAGACUACUCCUGCUUCCUCUGUGGAGCAGCCGCAUUCGAGUAAUGACGGAGAAAAGCAUGCAGUGGACGGAGACGGUCAAAAGUCCAAACCAAACUGGGGUAAAAGUGUACUGUUCGCCCCACCAUGUGUGAUUCAUGCUAAGAAAAGGAGAGUGGAGCAGCCGAUGCUGGAUGUAACUGGCGACGAGGAAAUCUCUGACAGUGAAAUUGAUUUGUACAUCCGCACCCCGCAGGAAGUACGAGAAUUCACACAGAUGCAGAAAAUACUGGCGUCGUCCAACAGUGGGAAGUAACAAUGAAAGGGUAAUACUUAUGUCUUUAGGCACUGGUUAAACAUUUGUUAAAGCUUACUUGUGCUUUUUGCAGUAAAAAAUAUUGUAUUUUGUUACGUUGGGUUUUGUUUGGU